CUUCAGCCGGCGGCGGCGGUGGGGCUGAGCGGCGGAGCGGAGCAUGGCAGCGGCGGCGGCGCGGUCCCUGCUGGCGGCGGGGCGGGCGGGCGGGCGGCGGUGCCGGGCUCUGCCCGCUGCGGGGGCCGCUCCCUACUGCACUGUGGCGCCGCAGCAGCAGCCGCCGCCCGACAUGAAGAGCUACCUAUGGUCGCGCUACAGGGAGGCCAAGAGAGUCACCAAGGAGUUGGUUCCUACGAUUAUGAGUAACAUGCUGAAUCCGGAUGCUAUUUUUUCAAAUAAUGAAAUGAGCCUGUCAGACAUUGAAAUUUAUGGUUUUGAUUAUGACUACACAUUGGUCUUUUAUUCUAAACAUCUGCACACACUGAUCUUCAAUGCUGCUCGAGAUCUUCUUAUUAAUGAGCAUCGGUAUCCUGCAGAAAUAAGAAAAUAUGAUUAUGAUCCCAAUUUUGCAAUCAGAGGACUUCAUUAUGAUGUGCACCGGGCGUUAUUAAUGAAGAUUGAUGCUUUUCAUUAUAUUCAGCUGGGAACAGUUUACAGAGGCCUUAGUGUUGUCCCAGAUGAAGAAGUCAUUGCAAUGUAUGAUGGUUCCCAUGUCCCUUUAGAACAAAUGAGUGACUUCUAUGGAAAGAGCUCACAAGGAAAUACAAUGAAGCAAUUCAUGGAUAUAUUUUCCUUGCCAGAAAUGACGCUCCUUUCUUGUGUGAAUGAAUAUUUUCUGAAAAACAACAUAGACUAUGAGCCUGUUCAUCUGUACAAAGAUGUCAAGGAUUCAAUCAGGGAUGUCCACAUCAAAGGAAUAAUGUACAGAGCAAUUGAAGCAGAUAUUGAGAAAUAUAUCUGCUAUGCUGAACAAACUCGUGCGGUGUUAGCAAAGCUGGCUGAUCAUGGCAAGAAGAUGUUUCUCAUCACAAACAGUCCCAGCAGCUUUGUGGACAAAGGCAUGAAGUUCAUAGUCGGCAAGGACUGGAGGGAUCUCUUUGAUGUAGUCAUUGUACAGGCUGAGAAGCCAAACUUCUUCAAUGAUAAACGAAGACCGUUUCGGAAGGUGAAUGAAAGGGGAGUGUUGCUUUGGGACAAAAUUCACAAGCUGCAGAAAGGUCAGAUUUACAAACAGGGUAACUUGUAUGAAUUUCUGAAGCUUACUGGCUGGAGGGGCUCAAGGGUUCUCUACUUUGGUGAUCACAUUUACAGUGACUUGGCAGAUUUGACCCUGAAGCAUGGCUGGCGUACUGGUGCAAUUAUUCCAGAGUUACGGUCAGAGAUUAAAAUCAUGAACACAGAGAAGUACAUUCAAACCAUGACCUGGCUGCAAACCUUGACAGGAUUACUGGAACACAUGCAGGUUCACCGUGAUCCUGAUUCACAGAUGAUCUUAGAAGAGUGGAAGAAGGAAAGAAAGGAAAUGAGGGAGAUGAAUAGGAACUUCUUCAAUGCACAGUUUGGAAGCUUAUUUAGAACUGAUGAGAAUCCAACUUAUUUCCUAAGACGUCUCUCUAGAUUUGCGGAUAUCUACAUGGCAUCAUUGAGUUGCCUCUUGAACUAUGAGCCUGAUUACACGUUUUACCCAAGAAGGACUCCUUUGCAGCAUGAACUUCCUGGCUGGUCAGACCAGCUGUGCACUGGUACAUUCAGAAUACCUUUCCUACAAGAGACAGUUCAGAUCAAGUAAACACUUCAUGGCUUCUCUCUUGAAUGGGCAAAUUAUAUAUAUAUAUAUAUAUAAAAAAAUAAUUUUUUUUUAGAAUGUACAUGUAUUUUAUUUGUCACUUAAAUCUGUUAUCUUGAUCUGGAUAUAAUUCAUACUUGUUCUUAUAAGCAUUGUACCUAUUUUCUCCUCUUGUGCUCAGAGAUGUGAAAACUCCUCUUACACACUUCUCUUACACAGAAGAAGUGAUGGAUUGCCAAAAUAGUAGUGGGCUGAGAUGGAGGGCAUAUUUGAGAGGAAGGACUGGUGGUGUUCUGGGGUGGUUGUUUUUGUUUGUUCAUUGGAAAUUUCAGUCUGCAGCCCUGUGGUUUCCCAAGGAAUACCUGUACGUUCUGUUCUGGCAGCGUUCGCCACUCCAGCUGGAAACUGUGAUGGAUCUUGGCACUGAAAGGCUUAAAUCCAGUGUUAGUAAAUCAGUGAUACGCAGUUAGUAGCCAGUUUACAGUGAGACUGAGGGGGAUGAUGUAUGCAUUUUAGCUUUCCUUGCUGCCACAGCUAGAGCCUUACCUGUAACUGAACUAAUCGCUGUAGUAGUGUUGUGGCUUUGCUGCAUUGCAGUGAUUACAGUACUAGCAGCUCAGGCUGAUGGACUUUUUCUCAUGUCUCUGCAGUCUCUGGUCUUGCAACAUCUGCUUGGCUCUAAGUGGGCUUGAGCCCAAAACUGAAAGUGACAGUAACUCGGGCUGCUUCAGCUUCCUUUUGUUAACUUCCAGGCACAUUUCUUUUUAAGUUUCAAAACACUUCAAAUAUCCACUCUCUAAUAAUAAACCCAUUUCAAGAGGUCUUGCAUUUUGCAUUUCAAAGUGGAGACAUAUCUGUCAGGCUUUAGAUUGAUCCUAAAUGCUGCUUUUAAAAAUUUAAAGUGUCUUACAGUGGUAUGAAGCGUGGUUUUGCUGUUCCCUAGGAGAGAAUGUAUUUCAUAUAGCCUUCAGUAAUGGACUUUUACAGUCAAAAUAAACACGCACAAUGGGCAAAUGAGUGAGAAGAAAAAUUAAGAAAUGACAUCUGAAAACCAGAGUUUCCUGAUGACAUUUUUUUAGCUCAAGCCUCGAAAGCCAAAUUGGGGGUGGUAGGCAGUUUGCAUCCAGCAGUGCAGAUUAGAAGUGUUAUUGAAUUACUGACAUUGCAUGAUAUAAUGGUAAUGCAUUAUAUGGUGAUAUAAUGGUAAUGCAUGAACGCAAACUCUGGGUAGCCUAUAUGUUCCAAAGAUUUGAGCUGAAAAAUGUCUGUUUUGCACAAGGAAAACAUCUAUUGAUGUGUUUUCUCAAACAGGCACUUUAUAGAACUGCUGUAUAGUUGUUUUUAAAUAAGGAUGCUUUCCUUUCUCUGCAUCCAAAGGAAAUGUGUUUUGUUUCUUUGUUUGUUUUAACUGGUGCUUCCUACCCCAGCCAUUUUAGAAGACAUAAUAUGAUUAAUAUUUUUCAAAUUUUAGUUAAAGACUCUGUUUUUAAAAGCAUAUAAUUCACAAUUAUAUAGCAUUUGGUAUUCUUCAUUUUGUGAUAUCAAUUAUAUCACUUGCUUCCUACCAUGAUUGUCAGGUAAACAAACUUCUGGUGACUGAAGGGGUGUGUGUGUUUUUUUUUUUUUAAUCUAGUAUGUGCAAAUACCUAUAUUGAAUUUCAUAUGCAGCAUCCUGCUAUUUUUAAAAGCAUGUUUGCAAAGUAAAGAAUGUAUUCUAAUCUAGCCUGCGUAAUUUCGUAAGUAGUUUUCCUGUAUGCUUGAACUCAGUCUGAAGUCCUUAGAGGUGGUUGAUAUAUUUAUGUUUAUGUUCUUGUGUUCCUGUUUCAAACCUCACAUACAACACCCCUGAAGUGUGUGUGUGUAUUUAAACAGGUGAAUGUACUUGAAAUAAGUUCAUCUGACAGCCCAGCUGUUUUGCUGGAAGUAAAAGAUAAUGUUUUGCAGGAAUUUAAUUCGGCUUUAUCAGGAGACAUUUUGUGGGGGUAUAUGUGAGAAAUAUGUAACAUAACUUGAUAAUGAAUUGUGGGGAUGGAAAUAUUCUUGAUUUGCCUUCAGUUCUUUAUCCAAGUGCUCAGCUAGAACUGAACUUGGUAUUACAUGUCUGUAACACCUCUCACGCUCCAGAGAUUUCAAUGCACUGUUUAAAAAAUAAACAAAACAAACCCCAAACCACUGCACAUUUUCCAUCUUACUGCCAGCAAAUAAUAUUGUUACUUGGUUCUGCGUUACUGAAUUUGAUAAUGUUUUGUUGGUUAUAGCUCUGUGAUGUUUGUUCUUUUAAGGCUGGCUAGGAGUCAGUUUGUUUACCUAAUUUUCCUGUGUUAAGCAGGAACAGUUUAAUUGGGUUGGAUGAUGUUACCCACAUAAUACACAUUUUGUUUCAAGCUGAUUUUCUCCUUGCCCUCUUUCUCUUAACUUAAAAAUCAAACUUCUGUACAAAGCUAUGUUACAACAGCCAGCUGAAGUAAAAUCUUGUUUAUAUUGCGUGAAUUAUUGAAAUAAACGACAUUGCAUGAAAAAAAAUUAUGGGAGGGUUAUGUUCCUUUAAAACAAGCCAACUAUAUAAUAUAUGAAUUUUAAGUGAGAAUUUUUAAGUGUAUUACUUAUUUUUCAGUUCUAGAAUGCUGCUCUUUAAAGUCUAAAAAUGCCUUGCAUUUUUGUAAUGAUUUCACCUUGGCGCUCUUUGCAUUACUUAUUUUAACCUUGUUAUGUUACUGACUUCAAAAAGAUUUUUGAGCAUGUUUAAAGAACAGUGUCCCUUUAUAUUCAUUUUGGGAUUGUAGUUCAUUUGAACACCAAGAAGAGAUUUUCAUUCUGUUUUAUGAAAAACAUGAAGGAGAAUAGUCUGUCAGUAAAAGAAGAGUUUAAUGAACUGUGGAACUUAUUUUGUGAUAAAAAUAUUUAACAAUUAUUACAGAAAUAAAUGCUUGGACUUUA